AGGGUUGCGACCGGCAUGGUGCUGAUCACGGAAGAAUUGGUGAGACAACGGGCAGAGCAUAAUGACUGUGAGCUGUUCUCUUUGGAAGAAGUUUCCCUACAUCAACAGGACAUAGAGAAAAUUGAACACCUGGAUAAAUGGUGCCGAAAUUUAAAAAUUCUCUAUCUCCAAAACAACUUGAUCUCCAAAAUUGAAAAUGUGAGCCGACUGAAGAAGCUUGAAUAUUUAAAUCUGGCUUUAAACAACAUUGAAAAAUUUGAAAAUUUGGAAGGUUGUGAAGAUCUGCAGAAGUUGGACCUGACAGCAAAUUUCAUUGGAGAAUUAUCCAGUGUUAAAAUACUGACCAAUAAUGUACAUCUCAAAGAGCUCUUCCUCGUAGGAAAUCCAUGCACUGAUUUUGAAGGCUAUAGGCAGUUCGUGGCUGCUACCUUACAACAACUCAGAUUUUUGGAUUGCAAAGAGAUAACACGAUCAGAAAGGAUUCAGGCUUUACAGAAUUAUCCUGAGCUGGAAAGAAAAAUCCAUGAGCAGGAGCAAACCUAUCUCCUGAAAAGAGAAGAAGAAAAAAAAGAGGCAGAAAGACGGAUGCAAGAAAAGCAGAAGGAAAGGAAGGAGAAGAAGAAAAGACAGCAUAUGGGGUUUGAUCAACAAUCACACACGGAUAUUAAGACACCCACCUACUACUCCGUAGAAGGAGCAGAGAACCACCGAAAUUGUGAAGAAGCAGAUGCAGAAUUUCGUAAAUUAAUACUUGAGGAUGACGAUGAAGACAGGGAGUUUUGGGAUGAACCGGUGCCUCAUACGCCAGAGGCCAGGUUAGAGAUUCACCAGUAUCUCGAGGAGAAAAGGAAAGAAAGAGAAAAUAGAGAACAAGGGAACAAAGAGAAACCUCUGCGGACUUUGAUCACGCCAGAAGGAAGAGUUUUGAAUGUAAAUGAAGCCAAGCUUCCUUUCUCCUUGGAAGACAAUGAAGAAAACAACCAGUUCAUCUUGGAUCUUGGUGUUUACAGACAUCUGGACAUCUCCUUCCUUGAUGUUGAUGUGCAGCCUACUUAUGUCCGGGUAAUGGUCAAAGGAAAGGCCUUUCAACUUGUGCUACCUGAAGAAGUAAAGCCAGAUAGCAGCAUUGCUAAAAGAUCUCAGACUACUGGACAUUUGGUUAUCAACAUACCAAAGGCUAAAGAUGUGGUAGUAACUAGCCAAAAAGCAUCCAUUUGUGAGAAAACAUUUGAUCCCAGAAAACUGCAAAGAAAUAUAAGAAGACACAAGGGCCUGGAGAAGUUGGAAGUGGAUCCUACCAAAUAUUCCUUCCCUGAUGUGACAGAUAUUGUCCAUAAAAAGGAUCGGGUGGGACAAGGACCUUUAAGGCUUCAGCAGCCCAAAGUUAUGGACGCCAAGAACUUGAGCUCUGAAGAUAACCCAGAAGUUCCCCCUUUAAUUUAAAGAACUAAUGAGGAGAUAGCUUCUUUCGUGGUUAGAAGAACAUCAUUAAGGUGCAUAACGUUUCUCUAAUAUUCUUGUGCAUACACACACACACACAUAUCUAUUUACUAUUCUUCUCUCUGGUGGAAAUUGAAAUUCUUGCCAAAAUUUGUGUCCAGCUCUGUUAAAAGAUAUGUCAGGUCAGGAUUAGUUGCAUCCUGUUUUACAGGGUUCUUUCUGCCAGCUCAGCUCCAGUAUGAAUUGUUGUUGGGCCGAGGGCAUCUAUCGUAAUAGUUCGUGGCUUCAACAGGGCAAGCAACCUGUGAUUAAAGCUCUGCUCCUUUUACGUGCAGGUGUAAAAGUGCAAGUGUGUACGAUAUACAUUAAAAAGGAGUGGGAGCUUUGAUUAUGGAUCAAUUGCACCCUCCACUGUGAAGGCAGCAUUUCCAUGAAUGGUUUGGGGAUUCUUUUUCUUGGUCAGGAAGCUCAGGGUGAGAUUAAGAAUCGUAUCAUUGCUCUUCGUAGUCAAAGGGCAUCAUAAUAAACAGCGACAAGCAUUUCUGAAGAUUUCCUAGAACAAAAUGUUGGAGAAACCUAUAGAAACACGGCCAAAGAAAGGAAAUGCAGAUACAUUUGGCAGGUGAAUGCUGUGCUUUUCUUCCUUGUUGGUGCAAAUCUAUUUGUUUGUUUCCUCGCUCCUCCCAUUUUUCCACGUCUCAGUUUUAAACAAUGUCUAUAUAUGCAGCUUCCUUCCUUUUUUUUUUUAAUUAUAGGCAUGCCAACUAUAGUAAGAGAUGAAGGAAAGGCCCUGCUCCUUUCUGCCGGGGACCCUCGUUAAUUUAUCCCCCAACAAGACAUGCAUAAUUUCUCCCUUCUUUUUAGUCCUACCAUCCUAUCCAAGUUACCUCUCAAUAGCUCAGUAAGAUAAGCCCUUGUGAGUAAUACUGACAACAUUCACACCCUCCCCCCCUUUCCAACACAGUCUUUACUGAUUUAUCUUUCUCACUUGAAACAUCGCGUCUCAUUUUCACUAAAAUUGCAUGCCUGCAGUCAUCUUUAAAACUCCAGGUAAAGUUCCUGUUCUCAAAUGUUCCUCUGAGUUACAGAGAAGGGUUGUAAUCUGGUAUUUGUAGGUCUGCGCAUAGAAGGAAGCGUUGGCGUAGAACUGCACACAAUUAUAUAGGCCAGGGGUGUCAAACUCAGCUGGAUGCAUCACGUGCUGGCCAUACCCACCUCUGGUUUAGCGAAGGAGAAAAAGUCAUGAUACAUCACAUGAUGACGCGAGUUUGACACCCCUGAUAUAGGCCUUCCACCUUGAAAUUUGAAAUGAUUUGUUUGAGAGACAGAUGUUACUGCUUCAAUAAAAAGCAGGAAACCGAAACACAAAUACUUUGUGUAAGAUAUUCAUUUACCAAGCAGGCGACUGCAGCAUACCUUUUCCAUAGGAGAACAUUUUUUUU